CUUCGGUGUUUAUAACGUCUUCGCUGAGAGCAUGAACAACAUCUGGUUGUCAGUAGUAACCGUCUUAUUGUGAAAGUCUCCACCAGAAGCCUCGGUGCUGGCUGUGUGUCUGGACAGAGGGGGUACAUGGGUGAAACAUGGCCGCCGUAGACCCAUCGAAGUCUCCGAAACGACAGAAAACCCCUGCGGAGGAGGUGGAAACAUCUGGGGAGAGGACGCAGGCAGUGGAGACGGGCUGCGGCUCAGGGCAGAGGGAUGAAACGGCAGGUAACGAAGCCGCGGAGAGCCCCGGAGAGGAGCAGGCAGCCCGCGGUGGCAGCGACGGCGGCUGCACUGCCAGCCAUUCUGAGGUGAGUGUCGAGUCCGGUGCUGGAGUCGACACAACGACAUGCAUUUCACCGGAGGACCUAACGGCGCCUGAAAAGAUGGCCGAGACUCCGGGCGGAGAGCAGCGGGAUUUCGACUGGUCAGAAACGGAAGACGACGACGAGGAGGAGCCGCAAACACACACGGAGGAAGAUGAUAAGUGCGACCUCAAUAAUGCCACUGAGAGUGCAAGAGUCAUGCAGCAUGUGGAUGACAACAUCACCACAGAGGGGGGGAAACAGUCACAGACUGCACCAGCUGGGGACGGGAUGGAGGACGUGGUCGAUGACGAGGACCGAGGCGAGGAUUCUACUCUUAAACAGAAAAAGUGCCGUUUGGUGUGCAAGGAGUGCGGGAAGAAGUUCGACCGCCGCGAGACCUUCAAUCUCCACCGCCACUUCCACGCUCACGAGGACGAGCUCAUGCCCCUCACCUGUAAAGAAUGCGGCCUUACCUUUCAGCACCGCAGCAGCCUCAUUAAACACAGAAAUGAACAUAAGGAGAAGGAGGAGCAGCUUCUCACCCCCAAGAAGGAGGUGCAGGCCAAGGAGGAGGGGAGCUUUGAAUGUGCAGAAUGCGAGAGGAUCUUCUCAACGGCCGACAGGCUGAGGGACCACAGCUGCAGCAGUACAGUAGAAAAGCCUUACCACUGCCCCCUGUGCCGCCAAGAGUUCCAGUUCAAGGUGUCCGUCACUAAGCACAUGAUGAUGCAUUCCCUGGAGAGCCACUACACAUGCCAAGAGUGCAACCAAACGGUCCCGAACGCCGUGGCCCUGCGCAUCCACCAGAGGAGUCACAACGCCCUCAAGCCGUAUGAGUGCCCCGAGUGUGGGAUGGUUUUCAAACACUACUCCGUCAUGGAGGACCAUCGGCGCCGGCACACCAACAACAGCCGCUCUCAUCUGUGCAACAUCUGUGGUAAGACUUUUAAAUACAGCAGCCUCCUCCAUCAGCAUCAGUAUCUGCACACGGGUCAGAAGCCCUUCCGCUGCCCCGAAUGUGGCAAACAAUUUGCUUUUGCCCAGAACAUGAAGGCACACUGCCGCCAGCACAGGCUGCGUGAAACUGCCAAGGAGCAGCCCAGCAAACAGCCUCCUGUGCCGGUGCAGGUGGCAGCUACAGGGCCGGGGAAAGAGAACACGAACCAGAGCGAGGAACCAAAACGCACCUUCAACUGCCCUCUGUGUCCCCAGACCUACUGCGUGCCAGCUAACCUCAGAGCCCACAUGCUUAUUCAUGAGGCCGAGUAUGAGAAGCUGGAGAGGACACCUCGACCCCCGAAGGAGAUUAACAAGUCCUGGGAUAAAGGCCACACCUGUCCACAUUGUCCGAGCGUCUAUCGCGAUGAGUCCAGUUUAAAUAUACAUCUGUUAAGUGUCCACAAGUCAAUUGCACAGUAUAUAGAAAAAAUGACAGCACCAACGAAAAAACAAUUUACCCCGUUAAGCACUGAAAAUGUGCAGGGGAAAUGGAAAACUGAAAACAGUAGUGUUAAAUCAUACAAGUGUUCAGAGUGUGGGAAAACUUUCCGCCAUCGCUCAGUGUUAGAGUUGCAUAUGCGCAUACAUUCCAAGGACAAGCCUUACCAGUGCAAAGUGUGCGGAAAGGGCUUUAGAUUCAGUAGCUACUUACAGCAACAUCUCAUCAUCCAUACAGGCAAGAAGCCAUAUAAAUGCCCAGACUGUGGGAAGGACUUUGCCUUCCUGCAGAACAUGCGAACACAUCAAAAGCUGCAUCAGGAAAAACCAUUCCGCUGCACCAGCUGCCGUAAAGGCUACAGCGACGAGACCCAACUGCAGCACCAUAUGUUAUCGCAUAACGGUGACAAGCCUCAUAAGUGUGACUUGUGUGACAAGAGCUUUGGAUUAGCAUAUCUGCUCCGUGAUCACAUGAACACACACACAGGAGAGAGGCCUCAUCGCUGUGAUGAGUGCCAUAAAACCUUCUCGUGGUUCAGCAGCCUGCUCGUGCACCAAAAAAUCCACGCUCGCAAGCGGCAGGGUUUCAGCCCGUAUAAUUCUCUCCCGGUGAGCGCGAGGAUGAGAGGCAGGGGGAGCAGGGGGAGCAGGGGUAGACGAGGUGGGAGGCUUGUGUGGGGCUGGUCUAGACCUUUAGCAGGCUCAGGGAUGGUUAACCCUCAGCAGCCUCCGUAUCCUGUUUCUGCUCUUAGAGACGCCGAGUUGCACGGCAGGGCAGUGCAGCAGCCAUCUUCCCUGCUCUCGUCUCGCUUGGAUUUACAGAGCAUGCCGCCGAAGGAGCCGUGGAUAUCUGAUCUGCACCCCCAGCCGGUGCAGUGGAAGGUGGACGGUGGAGAGGUGAUGCCCGUCCCGUCGUCACAGCAGCAACAUGGAGCUCCGCAGCAGGCGGGGCUUCAACAGCACCAUCAGAGAAGCUCAGGCUGGGCAGAUAGACCUUUGAUAACUCAGUCAGGCCCCACAUCGGCUCAGAGCUUAGACUCGUCACACUUGAAAGAGAGCGCAGCUUCUGUUGUCAGCUCUCAUACUGCAUCUGUGCCAAAAAAGUCCAGUCCAUCAGCAGCGAGCGAGAUGGCACAGCACAGGCAGCACAAGACUGUUACUUGGAGUAGCACACCCACAUCCACAGUGCUGGCGUCCACCAGCGUUGUGAAGCAUGAUUUCUCUCUUCCCUCCUCCUACAUUGACGGAGCUGCUCUGUGGAGUAUCAGGCCUGCUCCACUGGUAAAUUCACAGAGCUCUCCGAAUAAGCUUGGUCAAGAGCUUCAGCUGCCACGAUGGCCUGUUACCUCCGUGUCAUCCCAAAAGGAGCUGUCCACACCUCCUAAGAAAGAAGACCGAGUGUGGGACAUGAGCAAUCCUCAAGGAAUACCGUCGACUGUUAGCCAGCCAGAGAAGCCAUGGAACGGCUGUGAGCCACAAAAGCCAUGGGCUUCCGGCUCUGCAGGUGCAUCCACCUCAGCUCAAAUAGACCAAAGCAGUGCUAUGCCAAUUUCAACUCCUGUUUCUCAUGGGGUCAGUAGCACCUUGUGGGACAUACAAACACCACCAGGAAUUCCAAAGACUAUAAACUCCACUGAGAAAUUAGUAAAUAGUCAAGAUUUUCAGCUGCAGAAGCAGGUGUCAUCUGGCUGGGCCAGCGUGCAGACAGCGACACAGAAGGUUCCCAUCUCCAUUCAGUACGAGCCUCAUCGCUUUAGUCAGGGGCUGGGCACGCCGGUAUGGGGCUUCCAAAGUAACCCUGUGGGUCCUCAAACGCUGCUCACGGGGCAACUUAAACCAGGCAAUGGACAGGAGCUGCAGCAGCAACCAAUGGUAACGGGCACUCAAAUAAUCAUAAAUCAGCCCUCUCCUUUUUUUUCACCUCCACUUGCUCCACUCCCUCCUCUUGCUUUGCCUGGCCCUCACCCUCUUCACUCUGUCGCAGUUGGGGCACUCUCUAGACCUCCACACCCAAAUAUUUUUUUCACCCCACAGGCAGUCAUGAGUGACAGGCCACACAUCGCACAGACCCUGCCCCUACCUCAACUUGCUCCUCGGACAGAACCUCACAAACUCGGACCCCGUUUGCCUUUUUCCCCAGAACGGCUUCUCCAAUGCAUGAUAUGCGGGUGCUCUCUUCCCCGGGAGCUGGAUCUACAAAUGCAUUACUUGCAACAUGCACAAGGAGAGAUCUGAUAUUUCUGUACUAGCGAUAAGACUUAGUUAUGUUUUUAUAAUUGUGAUUCGGUGGAACCUCAUUUAUUUGACACGCAGUGGUGCCGUUUGACCCAGUUAAGUGAAUGGAUGGGCAUUAGACACAAAAAGAGGAAGGUGAAACUUCGUUUAGUUUGCGCACUUGAUGCACAUUUAAUUUUAAGUCUUUUAGCUCCAAAUUAAAUUGCACAGUGUGUUUACACUUAAAGAGUGUGCACAUGUGCCAUUAAAUUGGUUUCACUAUCUUUACAAAUGCAUUUGUUAUCCAAAUACUUCUCGGGGUGCAGAUAAAUGAGAUUCACCGAUCUACAUUUCAUUUAUUGCCAAUGACAUUUAGAUUUAGAUAAUAUUAGUACUUUUAUAGUUCUGUUCAUAUGUCCUGAACCAUUUGUACUGUGUGUCUUCAUGUACAGUAUACUGUGUGCCUUUUAUGAGUACAGUCUGCAUGUCUGCUGUCUUGGUAUUCUAGGCCUAGUUUGUGCUUAAGGUAGACUCAACAAUGUGACCUCACUCCCAAAAUGCAGAGCAACUCUUUCGAAGAUACUGUAAAGAAAUGUGCGAUAUUGCUUUUGGAGUGGUGACGGGAGUUGUUGUGCUCGCAGGUUACAUUCGUCAGAACAUACACGGAAAAGCUGUACACGUACAGUAGAAUCCUGGCUGGGUCCAGAUAUCUCGUAAGUAAAGUUGUCAUCAUGAUAAUUUGGUCACAGCAAGUGUCUCUCAACAGAAAUAACAUGUAAAGGUCAUUUCACAGUAAGAGUCUUCUGUAAAUGUAAUGUUUGGGUCAUUAUUGGUAACCGAGGAUUUGGCACGAUAACACAGUUAGUGAUGACACUGUUGUCGACAAGUGGAUUUUAUGACAAACUUCUAGUUAUGUGAUGUUUUGUCAUUAAUAUUUUUGCAAUGUCAAAACAAACAUGAAAAAUAAGAAGUGAAUGCUCAACUCCAAUUGGUUCAUUCAAAUACAGCAAAUCUUCGCUGAUGUGUCAUAAGUGUUGCGGUGGAUAAUUAGAUUUUAAACCAUUUUCUGGUUGGCCGUACAUAUUAACUACUGUAAACUGAGUACCAUGUAAUGUGCAUCUCUUGCCAGAAUGAAUAUUUCAGAUUGGAUUGUACCCAUAUUUAUAGAAUUCCACUUUUGAGUACUUAAAUGUAUUUUUGUGAAUAAUGAAUGAUUUCAUUCCGUAACUGUAGAUUUAGCUGACUACACAAACUCAUCUCCUCCGUGAUGAAAAAUGGGCAUUUGGUUAGCUUUGGUGGCCCAAUAAGUGACUGACAAGCUUCAUUACUACUGUAUAAUAAACACAUCCGUACAUUUGUAAAAAAAAAAAAAAUUAAAAAAGAAAAAAAAGUCACGUUCCUGUGCAUUUUAACAUUCACCGAUUCAAAAAUGUGCCCUUCUACCUCUAUCCACUGUUUUAGCAUGGAAGAUUUUUCCCAUGAUGUCUACAUAUUGGAUUAAAUAAAACCUGCCUUUGAUUAUAA